GGGGCCCCCUACUGACCCUGGGCUCUCGGGCAGUGCCCGAGUUUCCAAAUGGUCAGUCCACCCCUGAUGCCAGCUGUCAGUGCUCAUCCAUGCCACCUGCCAGUGCCCAUCAGUGCCAUAUCGGUGCCACAUUUCAGUGUCCAUCAGUGCCACAUCAAUGCCACAUACGGUAUCAGUGCCCAUCUGAGCUGCCUUUCAGUGUCACCCAUCAGUGCCAGUCAGUGCCACCUAUCAAUGACAGUCAGUGCCACCUAUCAGUGCCGCCAAUCAGUGCCACCUAUCAGUGCCAUCUAUCAGUUGUCACCCGUCAGUGCCACCUAUCAGUGCUGCCAAUCAGUGCCACCUAUCAGUGCCAGUCAGUGCCACCUAUCAGUGCCGCCUAACAGUGCCAGCCAGUGCCACCUAACAGUGCCAGUCAGUGCUGCCUAUCAGUGCCAGUCAGUGCCGCCUAACAGUGCCACCUGUCAGUGCCACCUAUCAGUGCCAUGCCUCCUAUCAGUGCUGCCUUUCAGUGCCCAGCAGUGAUGCCGGUCAAUGCCCAUCAGUGCCACCUACCAGUGCCUCAUCAGUGCCCAUCAGUGCCACCUAUCAGUGUCCAUCAGUGCAGCCUAUCAGUGCCCAUCACUGCAGCCUCAUUAGUGCACAUCAGUGAAGGAGAAAAAUCACUUAUUUACAAAAUUGUAUAUCAAAAACUAAGAAAAAAU